AUGUGCUCCCAAAACCUGAGAAUAUCAAUUAUAGGAAAUGUCUGCAAGAAAUUGCAUGGCCAGUGGUAUGUAGUGCACACCUACACGUCUUUGAGUCUUAAUGUACCUACUACUACUUUUUAUUAUAAGUUGGUCCUAUUUACUCUUGGUUUGUUUGGAGAUAGCAGACUGCGUGAUUCACUCGCAGGAUCUUUGUUGUUCUUCUCGGAAGCGCAACGGGUGAACAUUCUGUGGGAAAGGAAUUCAGUCCUUGCUAGUCCUGUUAGUGCCUGUGGGGUUAGAAAUGUGAGCAGAGCGGUUACAGUCGAAACUGGCUUAGUUGGCGAGGCGAAGGUCAGUGCUCCUGCGAUUCCGGCCGUAGUGCUCCGCGAUAGAGUCAGUUAUAGUGGGCAGGCUAGCGCUAGAGUCGAGAGAGGUAGCGGGGGUCCUAUCGCCGUGCGUUCCUCCCUUCAGUCAGUUCACUCGCAGCGGUGCACGCACACCGCACGCAGUUCUCGCGCGCGCAACGAGAAGGUAUUCACGUAG